AUGACGACGACGACAGCGACCGCCGCCGCUGUUCGUCCUCUCAUCAUUUCUCUCCUACUCCUCUCUCUUCUAACCGCCUCCCCCUCUCUCCGCGACGAGGCUGACCAUCUCCUCCAAUUCAAAGCUUCCUUGAAGGACUCCUCCUCCCUCGACCCCACGUGGGCCCCCGGGACCGACCCCUGCGCCCGCGACCGCCCGUGGCUCGGCAUCCACUGCACCGAUACCACCGUCUCGUCGCUCCUCCUCAUGAACCUCGGCCUCUCGAACAAAGAGGGAGCUAGCAUCGACGUCGCGCCGUUGGGGAAAUUGGGAAAUCUUAGAUUUGUUAGUUUGGAAAAUAAUAGCUUCAACGGGCCGAUCCCGGAAUUCAACCGGCUCGGCUCGUUGAAGUCGCUGUUUCUCUCCGGAAAUGGAUUUUCUGGAGAGAUACCGAGCGAAUUCUUCUCCCCCAUGGGGUCGUUGAAGAAGUUGGAGAUCUACACGAACAGCUUCACCGGAAAGAUCCCGGCUUCUUUGCAGCAGCUCGAUAGCCUGAUCGAGAUACUGCUGCAAAGGAACCGGUUCUCCGGCCCGUUCCCUAUUCUUGACCAGACAACACUGAAAGUUCUGGAUUUAUCUUCCAAUAAUUUGGAAGGGGAAAUCCCUCACAGCAUGCAGAGGCGGUUUCCCGCCUCUGCAUUUGAGGGGAACCCUCGCGCCUGCGGCGCCGUCAUCAAUAAGCCCUGCGAGGCUUUGUGGGCCCACACAUUGCCUCCCUUGGGGGAGGCAAUCAUGGCGUCCAGCGCCACUACUAGAUGGGUGGUGCUGGCCAUUGUGCUGGCCAUGCUGCUCGUCACGAUCCUCUUAAAUAAAAAGGAUAAGAGCGACAUGUUCACCAUGAUCGGGAGCGACCCGAGAACGCGCAGCCACCACGAGCACGCGGUGGAGGUCCACGCGGCGAGCAUAAACCGGCGCGGGGUGGGGUCCGCGCGGAAGGUUGGGAACUAUAGUGAGAAUGGGGCUAAGAAGGGUCAUGGGAAGUCGAGCGAUCUUGUGAUGAUUAAUGAGGAGCAUGGGGUGUUUGGGAUGCCGGAUCUGAUGAAGGCGGCGGCGGAGGUGCUCGGGAACAGCGGGAUGGGGUCGUCGUAUAAGGCGACGAUGGCGUGUUAUGGGACGCCGGUGGUGGCGAAGAGGAUGAGGGGGAUGAAUAAGUUGAAUAAGGAUGCGUUUGACGUUGAGAUAAGGAGGCUGGGGAGGAUACGGCACCGGAAUAUUCUGCCGCCGUUGGCGUAUCAUUACCGGAAAGAGGAGAAGCUUCUGGUUACCGAGUUUGUGCCCAAGGGUAGCCUCAUGUUUAUGUUGCAUGGUGAUGGAGGCAUCGCCCACGCGGAGCUGGACUGGCCGACGCGUCUCAAAAUCAUAAAAGGCAUCGGCCGAGGGUUGGGGUUUCUCCACACGGAGUUGUCAGAGCUGGAGCUCCCCCACGGCAACCUCAAGUCGAGCAACAUCCUUGUCUCCAGCAACCACGAGCCUCUCCUCACGGACUACUCCCUCCACUCCUUUAGCAGCACCGCGAAGUCUCUGCAGGGGUACAAGAGCCCCGAGGUGGCCCUCCACCAGCAGAUCACCCCCAAGAGCGACGUCUACUGCCUCGGGUUGGUGAUCCUGGAGGUGAUGACGGGGAAGUACCCGUCUCAGUACCACAACAACGGCAUUGACCUGGUGAGGCUGGCCAGGGAGGCCGUGGCCGAUGGGAAAGUGGCGGAGCUGAUUGAUCCCGAGAUUGUUAAGGGGGGAGGCGACGUGGCGGAGAUGGAGAGGAUGGUGAGGAUUGCGGCUGCCUGCGUUGAGGAGGAUCAUGAGGUGAGGAUGGAAAUGAGGGAGGCGAUAAGGAGUAUAGAGGCCGUUCAACUUUGAAAAAUAAAUUACUUUUUGUAGAAUUGAUACUCAUUUUUACCACACGAUUUUUCAAUUCACAUAGUUUUCUUGUACAUAUGUGUUGGAUAAGUGUAGAUGUCAGGUCUCCGUUUCUUUUCUUAUUUUUGCUUUUUAUUUUCACUAACUAGGAGUAUCAUCAUCCGUGUGAUGCAUAGGACAUAUUGUUUUCCUUGUACUGAAUUCACAUGGUCAAUUGAUCAAUGAAAAUGAGAAACAAUAUUAUUA